AUGCUGUCACACAAUGGAACUCAUAGAAUCCAUCUGGAAACUCGUGUUAUUUCGCAGUCCGCCAGGGCUGAAGCUGGAUGCAUGUCACACAAAGAAGGGCACCUCAAGGAUGAGGGCUCCAAGAUACAAGUAAUUGCUGCCGGUGGAAUCGCGGGACUGGUUUCAAGAUUUGUCGUCGCUCCUCUCGAUGUCGUCAAAAUCCGCCUUCAACUUCAACCACAUUCUCUUUCCGAUCCGGUAGCAGCUUUGCGCAACGCUCCAGCCUAUCGAGGAGCUUUCGAGACCCUAAAACACAUACUCAAACAUGAAGGCGUAACGGGCUUGUGGAAGGGCAAUGUCCCUGCAGAACUCCUAUAUGUUUGCUAUGGCGCUGUUCAGUUCACGGCCUACCGAUCGACGACUGUCUUUCUCCGAACCGCAUUUCCUUCGAGGUUACCUGAUGCUGCGGAAAGUUUUAUUGCUGGUGCGGCCUCCGGUGCAGCAGCCACAACUGUCACAUACCCUCUCGACUUAUUAAGAACACGAUUCGCCGCUCAGGGGCGACAUCGAGUAUACCAAUCGCUUCGUGGCGCAAUUUGGGAUAUCAAGCGUGACGAAGGAUGGCGAGGAUUCUUCAGAGGCAUUGGACCCGGUCUCGGUCAGAUUAUGCCUUUCAUGGGUAUCUUCUUCGUGACAUACGAGUCUCUCAGAACGUCGAUGGAGGGACUACACAUGCCAUGGGGUAGUGGAGAUGCUACAGCUGGCAUGUGCGCCAGUGUCAUCUCCAAGACAGCAGUGUUCCCUCUUGACCUUGUCCGAAAACGCAUUCAAGUUCAGGGACCAGCACGCAAACAAUACGUCUACGAAAAUAUUCCCGAAUAUUCCACAGCUCGAGGUGCCCUGAAAACAAUCCUGCGUACAGAAAGCUUCCGUGGCUUAUACAAGGGCUUAACUAUUAGUCUUUUAAAAUCAGCGCCGGCGAGCGCUGUCACUCUCUGGACCUACGAACAGAGCUUGAAGGUGAUGCUUGAUUGGGACUCAGGCAGUAAGGAAACCAUCCCCAAUGAGUUAUAG